AUGAGGAGGCUGGAAUACGCCCUUUACAGGGGCACUGUUUAUAAAAAGUGUGAAGGUACCACUUACACCUACUCCUACAAGUGCGAUGUGAAGGCGUUUGUGAACAGUCUAGCUGCAAAUGAGUCAUUUAAGGCAAGACUGCUGAGGAACAUGAAAAAAGUUAUCGAUAUCCUGGCUGACCCUGAUUGUCAAGUAAUUUGUCCCAUUGUUGUCGACUACAACCUCAUAGAGGUGAACGAAGGGAAAUGUUGGUCUGUCUCAGAAAGACGGUUCUUGAACAACGCAAUUCCAGCAGAGAAAAUGGGCCUUGUGACUCCCAGGGCUUUCUCGUGUUAUGAUCCUUCCAAAAACCCGCAGCCUAAAUACUUCUAAGACGUUUUGGAAAACAGCCUGACAGAAAAUGAGAUUGGUUUGUUUUGCGAAGAUUUCUUGAGACUUCUGAAUUUCAACCAAAAGAAGCACAAAGAGAGAGUGCCAUGCCUUGUCGGUGAGCCCAGUAGCUGAAAGACAAGCCUGUUUUACCCAAUACUGGGGCUGAUUCACCACAGCAACGUAGCAACUGUAACCAAGCAGAAAGUGUUCAACAAGGCAAUGAUUGGCAAGAACACCGAGGUGAUAUUCAUUGACGAGGCCACUCCGUCGACUCUCGAUGUGGACAACUGGAAGAUACUCACUCAAGGGGGAUACACAGCCUGCGAUGUCAAGUACAAAACGGCCAAGUCAUUUUUCAAUCGAUGUCCCAUGUUCAUGACUGCACAGCAAAAACUCCAGUUCAAGGAGGAAGAUCAGCAGGCUAUGGACUGAAGGCCAAGGUAUUACUUCCUCAAAACCCUGUCAAAUCCGAAAAAGAAGGCCGCCCAGUGGCUGCGCAAGCAUCCUAUGGAAUGUGUUGUGUGGGCUGCAUCGAAAGCGAGGGUAGAUACAGAUGAAGAAGAAAGUUCUGAUGACGACGACGAAGACGCAGACACAAACACACCAAACGACGAAGGCGCACUGCUGGAGACCGUGAAAGAGGUUUUAAGAAAUGUGCAGUUGACCGACCUCUUAGCUGAUUUACACGUAAAUCCCCGAGACAAAGAGGACACUGCAGGAGACAAUAACGGGGACCAAAUCGUGGAUGCCGAUGAUGACGAUGAGACCACACACGCGUUAAAGAACUCGCUCGCACAAACUUUACCGGGGUCUUUGGAUAACCGUCACCUCAGCCUCUUACUGGAAAAGCGUUUACAGCAAAACGAUGAGAGGAUGCGGCGGGAGAUACAACGGCACGAGAGACAUCAACAGCGUCUCAGAUAG